GUAUUGUUUACAUUUAAGGUACAAAAGGAUAUUGAAAAUAUUUUUCAGAAAAUAAUACUUGAUUAUUAUAAAUAUUAAAAAAUCUGCAAAUAUAAAUAAAUCUAAACAUUUGUGUAUAUUUAACUUUUAUAGUGAAUUCGUUUUCAUCUGACAAAAAAAAAUUAAAAUUGUCAAGGGGUAUGUUUAAUACAAAAUUAUUGACAAAACACCAUGAACAUCAUUCAAGUUAAAAUGAUUAUAAUAAUUUAGGCUUUCAAAAUGAUUUAUUAACUAAUGCCUUAAGAAAUUUGAAGCAGAAUCAAUAGUAAUAGUGUAAUUUUGUGGAUUGGCUAACUUUUGUAAUAUAAAUGCGUCCAUCAAUUCCACCAGGAAUUAGGGUCGUACGUGGUCCAAAUUGGAUAUGGCAGAAUCAAGACGGAGGAGAAGGUCAUGUUGGAACUGUUUGUGAAAUAGGACGUUCAGGAUCAAUACACUCGCCUGAGAAUACCGUUGUCGUUAAUUGGGAUUCUGGACAAAGAACUAAUUACCGCGUUGGUUAUCAAAACCAAUACGAUUUAAUAAUUGUGGAUAACGCACAAGUAGGUAUUCGCCAUUCGAACGUAGUAUGUGACGGAUGUUCAAAAGGAGGUAUAGCAGGCAUAGUUUUUAAAUGUGCACAAUGUUGUAAUUAUCACUUGUGUUCUUAUUGCUACGGAGCUGAUAUACAUGAUAAAGAACACCCAUUUAUACGUUAUACAUCACCAACGUCCUUAGGUGUUCGAGUUCCUCCAAGAAAAUCUUCAAAGCGUAUUCAAUUAAAGGGUAUAUUUGUUGGAGCUAAAGUAGUGCGGGGUCCCGACUGGGAGUGGGAACAACAAGACGGCGGAGAAGGUAAAACUGGACGUGUUAUGGAAAUUCGUGGUUGGGAUAAUGAGUCAUGCAGAAGUGUAGCAAAUGUUUCUUGGACUAGUGGUUCUACUAACGUUUAUCGAUUAGGACAUAAAGGAAAUAUUGACUUGAAAUACGUUAUACCAACUUCCGGUGGAUAUUAUUAUAAAGAUCAUAUGCCAGUUUUAGGUCAUCUAGAAGAACAACAACCAGUAGUUCCAACUGUGAAACCAAUGUUUUCCGUAGGGGAUCGUGUCAAAGUUUGUCUAGAAGUUGACGCUCUAAUGAAACUUCAACAGGGUCAUGGUGGAUGGAAUCCUCGUAUGGUAGAACAUUUGUCUAAAUUGGGCACUGUUCAUAGAAUCACAGAAAAGGGUGACAUUAGGGUACAGUAUGAAAACUGCCCAAAUAGAUGGACAUUUCAUCCAGCUGCCUUGGUUAAAGUUGUAUCGUUUCGUGUUGGGGAUUUGGUAACGAUAAUAAAUGAUUCAGCAAAAGUUCAGCAAUUACAGAAAGGACAUGGAGAAUGGAUUGAAUUGAUGCACUAUGCACUUGGUAAAUUAUGUAAGGUGAUCAAGGUUUAUUCAGAUGGUGACUUACGUAUUGAGCAAUUGGACGAUGGAUUUGAAUGGACUCUCAACCCUAAAUGUGUCAAACUUGAAAGAUCUCCACUUGCAACAGCAGCGGAACGUUCUAAUAGCAUGAUGGACUUAAGCCACCGAAGGACGGACCAUGUUAUGACUCCAUUAUCUGGUUUAUCUGGUACCUCAAUGGCAGAUAAACUUGUGCGUGAGGCUGCUCAAGGACACAUAGAGUUUGUCCGGCAGUAUUUAGAUGCUCAUCCAGAUCAGGUGAAUGUUAUGAGUGGCGGAAAAGCAUGUAUUCAAGUCGCUGCACAUCAGGGUUUUGUAGAUAUUGUCAAAUUAGUUUUAAGUAAGGGAGCAAAUGUUAAUGUUGUAGAUAAAGAAGGCGACUCCGCAUUGCAUUAUGCUGCUUUUGGAAAUCAGCCAGACACAAUGCGCAUUUUAUUACAAAAUAAUGCAAAUAUUAAUUUUUUAAACUCAAGCCAUUGCUCUGCAUUGCAUAUUUGUGCACAUAAGAAAACACCUCACUGUGUUCGUGAAUUACUGACCUUCGGCGUAGAUGUAAACAUUCAAGACUCAUAUGGCGACACGGCAUUGCAUGAUGCUAUUGGAAAAGAAAAUACUGAAGUAGUUGAACUAUUGUGCAAUGCUCCGAAUCUAGAUUUUACAGUGAAGAAUAAUAGAGGCUUCAAUGUUCUUCAUCAUGCAGCCCUUAAAGGCAAUUUAGUAGCUGCAAAACGUAUUUUGCAGCUGGCUAGACAGCUUGUAAAUGUAAAAAAAGAUGAUGGGUUUUCGGCUCUGCAUUUAGCAGCUCUAAAUGGCCACGCACAAGUUGUGGAAGCAUUAAUAAAAGAUGGUCAAGCUGAAAUUGAUAUCCGCAACAACAGACGACAGACACCCUUCUUAUUAGCUGUUUCACAAGGACAUUCAGCAGCAAUAGAAAAAUUGGUUAAACUUGGCUGCGAUAUUACCGCACGUGAUGAGGAUGGAGAUAAUGCCAUGCAUUUGUGUGUAAUAAAAAAAGCUAAUUUGUUGCAAGCUUCCCAACCAACAGCGGAUGAUUCUCCAGAUAUUUUUGCAGUCUAUGAAAAUUUGGCACAUAUACAUGAGGAUCGCUUAAUGUAUUCUAUACUUUGUUAUUUGUCACGUUUAGGCUGUCGAAUAGAACAAAAUAAUAAGGGAGCAAAUAUUUUCGAGUGGAUUACUGAUCAAAAUUUAAAAAAAAUUAUUUUGGGCAAUCAGAAUACCGAUGCAACAAUCUUGCAAAACCAAGCAUUUACUACAGCUUCAACAAGUUCUGCAGCCACUAAUGCCUUAACGGAUAGAUUAAUCCAAAAUAUUCAUGAGUUGAAUUUGGAGUCAAAUGAGCCAGUUGGUGCAAUAGCGUUAAAUAGAUUAUCAUCGGAAGAUGAUGCUACUUUAAUGUUAGAUAAACCAUCUAGCUCAAAUCAUAACCGACUGCAUAGCAUAGCUUCUAAUAUAAGUACCCGAAAACAACCAAUAAAAGUACCAACACCAAAUAUGAACGCAAAUAAUAAUGUAGCCCUUGAAUCAGUUACCCUGAGUUUGGAGGCUUCGGUCCUUAAUACUCCAGAAAUACUGUCAACAUGCCCGCAAGAAUGUAUUGUUUGUAAUGAAUCUUUACAACUAAUUAAAUUUGAACCUUGUCAACACCAAAUAUCAUGUGAAGACUGCGGCAAGCGUAUGAAGAAAUGUUUGCGGUGUGGAACACUAAUCGAGCAAAGAAUUGAUUGUAGUGGACGUAUUAUUUCGAAUACAGAUUUAACAAAUAUCCCAUCGGCUGACCGACUUCGCUAUUUAGAGAAUAAAAUACAGGAAUAUGAAGAAUCGCAUUAUUGCAGUAUAUGUAUGGAAAGAAGUCGUGACGUAGCUUUUCUUUGUGGACAUGGUUCAUGUUCACGUUGUGCAGAAACGCUACGAACAUGUCACAUGUGCCGCAAGACAAUUCUAAAAAAGAUCAAUUUGUACUAGUGAUUACACAUCAUUUUUCUCUACGCUGAAUAAUGGUCCAAAAAUAUUUAAAACGGAAAAAAACAAUACUAACCAACAUAUAUAAUUUCUGCUAUGACAUUUAUGAUGAAAAUAUUAUCCAUAACAUAGUUUACAUUUGUUUUUAUUUUUUCGUUACAAAUAUGGUUGAAAAUAUCUUAAGUUUAAUCUUAAUAAUUAAUUUAUUUAUAAAAAUUAAUAAAUUCAUAAUUAAUAAAAAAUGGUUAUUGAUACU